UCAGGCAGUGGGGUAGACAGCCCUGCCCCUCCCAGCCUCACCUGGCGCAGGUGAGCGGAGGCGGUGACGCGGAGCGGGCUGCGAGUAUGAAUAACCCUAUACCAUCCAAUCUGAAGUCAGAAGCUAAAAAGGCAGCAAAAAUAUUAAGAGAAUUUACAGAAAUAACUUCCAGAAAUGGACCUGAUAAGAUUAUACCUGCCCAUGUAAUAGCUAAAGCAAAAGGCCUUGCAGUUUUAUCUGUUAUCAAAGCUGGAUUCUUGGUAACUGCUCGAGGAGGCAGCGGGAUUGUAUUAGCUCGUCUUCCUAAUGGAAGCUGGUCUGCUCCUUCUGCAAUAGGGAUAGCUGGCCUCGGUGGUGGAUUUGAAAUUGGAAUUGAGGUGUCAGAUUUAGUAAUAAUACUGAAUCAUGAGCGAGCAGUUGAAGCUUUUGCAAAAGGAGGCAAUCUUACCCUUGGAGGAAAUUUUACAGUGGCAAUUGGACCUUUGGGGAGGAAUUUGGAAGGUGAUGUUGCCUUGCGAAGCUCUGCUGCUGUCUACACUUACUGCAAAUCACGAGGGUUAUUUGCAGGAGUAUCUUUGGAAGGUACCUGUUUAAUUGAAAGGAAAGAAACUAAUCGAAAGUUCUAUGGUCUGGAUAUUCGUGCUAGUGCUAUUUUAUUCGGUGAUCUACCUCCUCCUGCUCAUGCCGAAGACCUUUAUAAAAUUCUGAAUUCUUUCACUGAAAAGUAUGAAAUUGAAGAGCAGAAGCACCCUUCAAGGAAAGGACCAAGGGAACCAAAGAAGGCUAACGACCCACCUGUUAAACCAUCAUCGAGGCCACAAUCACAUAGGCCAUCUCUGAACACUGCGUCAACAGCAGUAAAAAAUCCACAGACACUUUACCCCGAACUUCCCAGUUACGCUGCUGUGGGGAACUCUUGCAGUAAUCCUAUAGAAGUAACAGCCCUUUAUUCAUUUGAAGGACAACAACCAGGCGACUUGAAAUUCAAAGCUGGAGACAAAAUCCUCGUCAUAACUAAAACAGAUUCACAGUUUGACUGGUGGGAAGGAACUAUAGAAGGACAAACUGGCAUCUUCCCAGCCAAUUAUGUUACCUUAAACCACAACUAAACUAUAGUCAAUGGCCUUUUUUUCCUCUGAAUUCCUUUUCUUAAAUGUACACUGGAUAGUGGAGACCUGGUUUUCAAUGAAUUUGUAUUUUUUUAAACAAAUUUUCCUAUAACAUUUUUGUUCUGUUUCUAAUUUCAGGAACCCUUGAUAGAAUUGAUUUUUAAAUGGGAAAGGUUACAACUAUAAAUUCAAACUAGACAUAUUAGAAAAAUAUUUUGAUUUUGAUAAGUAUUUUAUUUUUAUCAAACGUUUUGUUUCUGUAAUCAGUGAUAAAUAUUCUAUAAAUUCUAUCAAUUAAUUGUAAUUUACUAGGUUCUCAGGAAAUGCUCAGGCAUUUAUUUCAGGGAAACUUGUUUAAUUAUAUGAUGGAAAAAUACUCCCUUUGUGUCCUCUAAUACAUUCAUUUCCAGUUGUACUGGUUAACUGUAUAAUCAUUUUUACAAUGUUUUUAUCAGUUGGUUGUUUAGUUAUAGUAGAGAGAAUUCUAGUGUUUUCUAAACAAGGUCUUAUAGAGCCCUCCUCAUCAUAAUGUCUGAGCACUUUCCAGUUUUUUAUUAAAAGAUGCUACCAGUG